GUCGCUCGUGCGCAUACCCAGUAGCCACUGCCCCGAGGCCGAAGAAGAAUAAGAAGCAGACCGGCGUUACCGUGCUAGAACUGUCCAUACGGUUUUCUCUCGUUAUAAUGGCCUGUGCCAGUGUGGAUUCAUCGGAAGGGUGGUACACACCCGAACGAGCUACGCAGUUGAGAGAUGUGCUGUGUGCUCUAAAAUACCCAGACGUUCCUUCUAGUGAGUACGAACUGUGGGAACUCUUUUUUUAUGGGCGUUGUACACGGAGAAAUGAACUUUUGAAGUGGACGUGUGCGCUGAUAGAACCACUUAUGGCAGACAAGCUGCGGAGUUCACCAAACGACGAGGAGUUUUAUCGUUUGCUGGAAGAUUUCCUCAAUUCCUCUGGGUACUACGACGAACAGACGAACUCCUCAUUCGUUAACGGCACUGCCACAGUCCAAGAACAGGUCUCAGUAUGGCAGGAUCUGCUAAACGCUGCGAGCUACUAUUGCUUGGGGAAAAGCGUCUCACUGCAGCUACUCGAUUCGCCGUCUGAAGGCGUGCCCGAUGACAGCUCAAAGUUGAAUUUCGAACAUGCAGCAAAAAGUAAAGUUGAUCCAGCGUCUAUGUCCACAUCAUAUCAAGCCCAGUCAGUGGAAUCGUUGGACGAAGCACCACCUUUUCCGGCAUCUCCAUCGCGUGCAGGGAUGCAGCAGUAUCUGGACUACUUAUGUAAAAAGGCCAAAAGCAUGGAAGAUUUCCUUGAGGGUGUUCAACCCCUAAAGUUUCCAUCCUCGACAACAGUAAAGGAACUUUGCGGGAAAAUUGACGACGUUUGCGAAAGCUUGGGAGAAUUAAAUAUUUGUUUGGAGGCUGUGGCACCAAAAAUGUCCUCAGUACAGGCAGCACAAGAGCAUCGUAAAACUGACUAUCUCAUCUCCGAAGCCGCACUGCGAAGCAAGGAAGCAAUGGAUUUUAUAACGCGCAUUCAACAUUGCGGGGACAUCAUUGAGAAACUGACACAGUCAGCAAACCCAUCAGCCACCCCUCAGUGACUUUGACAAAGAUUGCGUGAAAAUAAAGUGAGAAA